AUGAUGGAGAUGUGCCUUAAGGAGAUCCGUAGCCAAAACUAGGAAACAGAAAUUGUCAAACAUUGUUUUCAAUGGUGUUUUAUGGUGCUUGAGCGGUGAAGGCCAUUUGAUUGUUUUCCUUGCACAUCAGUCUAUUUGUAGUUGAAAAUGACAAAAGAGGAAAGUUUGGAGAAAAAGUCCGUGGAGCUUAAUGAUAGUGAUAAGAAGACUAUAUCUGAUUCAGGACCGGAUCCUUCUGCUCCGAUCACUAGGAAAGGAGUAUUAACAUCCUUCCUAACUGGCAAACCUAUGGAAAUACCAGAGCAUGAUAUUCUUGGCAAAUGUAGAUUUGUUUCCGAAUUUGAGAAGUUGAAUCGUAUCGGAGAAGGCACUUAUGGAAUUGUAUACAGAGCCAGAGAUACAAAAAAUGAUAAAGUUGUUGCAUUGAAGAAGGUAAGAAUGGAGCAUGAGAAGGAUGGACUGCCGGUAAGUGGCCUCAGGGAGAUUUCAGUUCUGCUGUCCUGUCGUCAUGAAAACAUUGUUCAUUUGAGGGAGGUAGUAGUGGGCAGAAGUCUAGAAAGCAUAUUCCUUGCAAUGGAAUAUUGCGAACAAGAUUUGGCAAGCUUAUUGGACAAUAUGCAAGCACCGUUUUCUGAGAGCCAGGUCAAAUGUAUAGUAUUGCAAGUACUAAAAGGCCUUCGUUACUUGCAUCAUAACUUUAUCGUUCAUAGAGAUUUAAAAGUCUCUAAUCUUUUAAUGACUGAUAAGGGCUGUGUAAAAAUUGCCGACUUUGGACUAGCCAGGUGGUUUGGUUUGCCUUUGAAACCAAUGACACCUAGAGUCGUGACACUGUGGUACCGAGCACCAGAAUUGCUGUUGCAAGCCAAAACACAAACGACAUCUGUGGAUAUGUGGGCAGCUGGAUGUAUUUUAGGAGAGUUAUUGGGCCAUAAACCCUUAUUACCUGGUAGAUCAGAAAUUGCACAGCUAGAGUUAAUCGUCGACUUAUUGGGCACACCCAGUGAAGCUAUUUGGCCUGAAUUUAAUUCAUUACCGGCGCUGCAGAAUUUUACACUUAAGCAGCAACCGUACAACAACUUGAAACAAAGAUUUCCGUGGUUGAGUGCUGCUGGUCUCAGAUUGUUAAAUUUCUUAUUUAUGUACGACCCAAAGAAACGAGCGACUGCCGAAGAAUGUUUGCAGAGCAGUUACUUUAAGGAAGCUCCGUUACCCUGCGACCCAAAACUUAUGCCUACUUUUCCGCAACAUAGAAAUAUGAAAAAAGCGGCCACACAGAAGGAGACUCGUGAGCAGGAAAAUACGGUUACCGAUCAAACGAAUAAUCUACCGGCAAUUUCGGAUCUACUUGGAUCGUUGGUCAAAAAGAGACGUGCCGAAUGAAAAAUUAAUCAUGCAUAAAAGUGUAAUCUUUUUAUGUCCCAUAUAGCACAUACAUCAACGUGUAGACUAAUCGCUAUAAAUAUACUUUUUACGUGAAACUA